AUGUCUGCUCAAAACAAGAACGUUAUUUGCAUUACUUCUUGUGACCGUUAUCUGGGAUACGCAAUUACUCAAGUCUUACUUCAAGACAAGAGGCAAAAUCAGAGGGCUUAUACUGUUCGUGCUCUUGCACGCGAUAUCUCUGGGUUAGAUGGUCUUAAGAAACAUGGUGCUGAGGUUGCCCUAAUUGAUUACAAUAAUCAAGGAACAAUUGAACAAGCUUUAAACGGUGCCGUUUGGGUUCUUAUGAUUCCUGAAUCGGAUAACGACCGUAGUAAUUAUGCUAAAAUUUUCGCGAAUACUUGUAAAAAAGUUGGCGUAGGCAACAUGCUCUUUCUUUCAUUACUUGGUGCAGAUGAUGCCGAUGAAAGAAGUCUCCGCGAAUUCAGAGAUAUGGAAAAAAGAGUUGAAGCCGCUGUUGAUC